AUGGGGUCCCCCAAGCGACCUUUCGAAGGCCUUCGACGCCGCCAGAACAACAUCGCGUCACCCACAAAAGCUUCUUUUCCAGAAAAUCGUCCCAAAGCAAUGUCUGCCAACAUGGACCGCGCACCUCCCGCUCUUCCAAGCGGAGAGGAGGACUCCAUGGCACCAUAUAUUGCCGGAGUCACCUAUUCACUGAAUUGCAUGCUCGAGGAGAUGGCCUCUCUGAGUCCUGAUGACGCGCGCAAUAUCAUGAAGCAGACACAGAUCGCUUCCCGACUGCGCUUUACCUACGAGACUGCCAUGAAGAACAUCGUCAAUCAUGCAAAUCUUGAGGCAGAAAUCAUCAGCGAGGUCUUCCACUCCAUAGACUUUACUUCAAACGCACAUGAAGACAUGUUCCGGGAAUCUUCCCAGCUCGCCAUGGAGCGAGUCGGGAAACACGGCAAUAAAAUGCUGGAUUCCCUCAAUGCCAUCUUGGAUCUGUCAAACAAGCAGCGCAUUCUCAUGUGCUUGACCAGCAGCGGUCUGAUCCAAAAUCCUGAGACAUACUGCUGCGGGAGGAUCCAAGGCAAGACGCGCCUUCCUCGCGGUCUCAAGGCCGAACAUUUUAUCAAGCAGGAAGAUGGCUUCUACGCCACAGACAUCAUGUUUGAGCGCGCGUACAACUCAAAGUACAUCCCGCGCAGCGUCACGCUGGUCUUUGACCGUGCUGGCGAGUUUGAGGAAAUGCGCUUCCAAUGGGAGAAAGACAAGAAGCCCUUUAAGGGCGUCACGGAGACUGAAAUCAGGUGGCCUCUUGUCGUCUAUAUCUGCAAUGAUCGCUUCACCAAAGAAGACGAGGCCUGGGUCUCCGAUGACAACAGUGAUGAGUACAGCGAUGAGUACAGCGAUGAGUACAGUGAUGAGGGCAGUGAUGGGGACAUGGAAGAUGUCUUCCCCAGUUAUGAGCAAGACAACGUCACACACGUUAAUCACGUCCCCUUCACCUGGUGA